AUGGCUUGCGUCGAUACAAACUACGGGGCGACUAACAACUCUGUCACGCUGAACGAUGUCGAGCUCAGUGGUGACGGCACGGUUCAAGUUUUUGAACCUAAUUCAAUCCGUUACCAGUUUAUCUACCAGAAAUGGAUAAUGAUGAAGAUGUUUCUGGCCGCUGUUAUGGUCGGCCUGCUUUGUUUUUGUCUCAUGGCGCAUCUUCCGGCAACUAAAGACCUGUUCCAAAGGACGCGGGCAAGUUACUACGCGACGUUUACAACUAAAGGCCUCCUCACUAUAUGUGUUGGCGGGUUUCUCCUCGGCGCGGGCAUGGAGCUGGCAGCGGCGUGUCCCGGAAUGGUGCUGGCUCAAGUAGGUGCCUGGGUUGGAGGAGGUCAAGCACUAAUGACGGUGUUUGGCUGUCUCGUGGGCGCGUUCACGUACGGGUUCUGUGUACCAGGCGUGAAUAAAUACAUGGCACCCAAAGAAUCGUACGAAAAACACCUUGUCGACGACUACAUAAAGUGGCCGUUUGCAGCAUUGGCGUUGCCGUUUGCAGUAUUGUUGUUCGUGAUUAUAUUCGUACUGGAAUGGUUCUUUCCGUGGGAGACAGAACUUGAGGAUUACAUCACCAAUCGGACAGAUGACGGAGUGUUUAUGACGGCACUGGCGUGGCCGCCAUGGAUUGGAGGUGGUGUCAUCGGUCUGUUGCAGUUAGCUAUUAUGUUUAGUGUGGCCGAUACCCUGGGUGGUAGCAGCAGUUACACGACGGUGGCAUCGCAAGUAUUGGUCACAAAACGAAUGGAAUCAUGGUCUCCAUACUUAACGAAAUUCAAGAGAGGCAUUGGUAACUGGUGGCAGGUAAUUUACGUGUUGGGUGCGGUUGUUGGCGCUUUCAUAUCUGCAUUGUGUUCCGGUGCACUAGCAAUUGUCCCCGGAAUCAGCCUCGUUUCGUCGUUCUUCGGAGGCUUUAUCAUGUUAUUCGGGUCAAGGCUCGGUUCUGGAUGUACAAGUGGCCAUGGAUUGUCUGGUAUGGGUCUGCUAGCGUUGCUGUCUUUCGUCGCGGUGGCUAUGAUGUUCGUCGGCGGGUCGACACUUGGAUUCUUUUUCUACGCGCUCGACGUUUCAGCCGGUGUCUUGGACUAUUCAACAUUUUAA